CGAGUAACCAGAACUCACCACACACCCCACCUCUCUCUCAUGACGAUACCCGACCUCACGAGCCUCGACACUCACGACACCACCACGACAUCCUCCACACUGGGACGCCUACAAAGUGACCGACCCAGCAUGGUGGACGUCGACCAGCAGCCGCGCCUUGCCGUCGCGCAGGCCCCGUCCCUUUGCCGCCUCUGCGACGUCGAGCUGCGCGGCGCGGAGACGUGGCGCGCGCACGUCAAGAGCGACGCACAGUGAGUUGCUCUUCCUUUUCCUUCACCGGUAAUGCCCGGACCCUCCCCAUUUCUCAAUGCUGAUGUCGUCGCGGCCGUUCGCCUCCGCCCCCAGUGUCUAUAAGCUUCGAGUAAAAGUAGCGGAGCCGGGGAGCGUCGUCGAGUCGCCCUCUGUGUCGCCGUCAGAAGCCGUCGACGGGCAAGCGAAGCCCUCCAAAUCGUCACGCGCACCGAAGAGGGCGGAGGUUGAAGACGACCAAGAUGAGGAGGAGGACGUGGAAGAUGACGAAGACGAAGACGACGACGAAGAAGAAGAAGAAGCGCCUGUCCCAGACUUCAUCCCCAGCGAGUGCCUCUUCUGCGCCCACCGCGCCUCCUCCCCGCCCACCCUCGCCGCCAACCUCGCGCACAUGUCCACCGCGCACGGCUUCGCCGUCCCCUUCCCGGACCUGCUGACCGUCGACCUCGACACCGUCGUCGGGUACCUGCACUUCAUCAUCCACGGCUACCGCGAGUGCAUCAGCUGCGGCGCCCGCAAGGCCACCGUCGAGGGCGCCCGCCAGCACAUGCUCGCCCGCGGCCACUGCCGCUUCGACGUCUCCCCCGACACCGAGGACUUUUACGACAUGCCUCGCCAGCCUGACGCUGCCGUCGAGCAGAUGCAGCGCCUGGCUGGUGCUGCCGCUGCCGGCGGCGGCGACGACAACAACAACAACAAUGCCAACAGCGGCAUGGCCGUCCGCCUGCCUUCGGGGAAGCUCGUCGCCCAGCGCCGCAACCCCGCCGACUCCCACCAGGAGCCCCGCGCGCCCUCCCGCCGCCAGGCCCCGCCAUCAGACAAGGAGCGCGAUUCGCUUCCUCAGCAAGCGUCAAGAGGCUCGACUGCUGCUGCUGCUGCUGCUGCUGCUGCUGCUGCUGCCCCUUCCUCCUCCUCCACUUCUCCCCCGGGUCUCGAGGUCGCGCAACGCGGCAGCGGUGGUGGUUCUGGCGGACAGCAGCUCGUGCGCAGCAACGAGGCCAUCCUCGCCGCGCAGCUGUCCCGGCUGCGCAUCGCGGGCGACCGGGCGCAGCACAGGAUCGAGGCCCGCAAGCGCCGCUGGGUCGACCGUCGCAACAACCUCACAAAGUCCAAGCACUUUCGCAUCGACGCCGGCGACAGCCGCUUCGGCAAGGGGUUUUGCUGUUAAGUGCGUACCGGGCCAG